CUUCCACUCACAAAAUCUUGGGCGUAAAUUGGAGUAUUUGCACGUGGAGUACAAUACAGCCGACUUAUUGCGUUACACAUGUCUUAAUUGUGUUGAAGAUAUGCAGCAGGCUAUUGAGAUGCAGUUGCACGCGGGCACAGCUAAACCGGACCCAUCUAUGUCGAGCUACAAGGAACAGGUAGUCUUCCACUCACAAAAUCUUGGGCGUAAAUUGGAGUAUUUGCACGUGGAGUACAAUACAGCCGACUUAUUGCGUUACACAUGUCUUAAUUGUGUUGAAGAUAUGCAGCAGCGUGUGCUGCACUUCUGGUUGUUGCUUUUGCUGAGUUAUUUUGGUAGCAUUGAUGGUUUUGCACUGAUGAAGAAGUUUCUGGCGAAGAAUGUAACCGAAAAAACGAAACUUUCGGAGCUGACUAUUUGGCUACGGCCAUUUGCCACAUGCACCGUUAUGCUAAAGCCAGCACUUCUUGCUGAAACAUUUGGGCCAACUCUUGUAAGUGCUUUUUUUUGCGUUUCACCGUGUAACUCUCGCCAUUAUCAACUAAGAAGAAUAGACCACACUUCUCUGUGCAACUGUUUGCCCACUUCUUUCUAUUCUUGGCCGAUUUUAUCAGACAACUGUGAUGCGUCUAGGAUGGGAAGUACAUUUGCUUGUAAGGGUAGCAUCUGGAUAAAAUAA